CCUGGUCUUGAAAGCCAGAGGUAGACACAAAGAGGUUGUGAAGUCACACAGCAAAGAGCAGACCCCAGAUUAGAAACAAUGUCAAGCAACACAGAAAUAGAGAGAAAGCCGGUGACGGUGGAUAAGCCUGUUGCGGUGGAAUAUGAUUUGGGACUUUUAUGUGUCAACGAUCCACAACCCUUAGAACAUACGAAAUUGACAGAUGCAACAAAGAGAGAAGCGUACUUGAAGGAGACGACACGUGACAAUGUGCAGCUUUUAGUGAAUCAGAUAUUGUCUUUACCGCUACAGAAAAAAGACAGCAUCACGCUGGUGGAGUUGCCAGGACCAAUCUUUAAACUACCAAGAGAGAAGUCAAUUCCUAAGCCAAGAGAGCCUACCAGAUGGGAGAAAUUUGCGUCCAAAAAGGGUAUUCAGAAGAAGGGCAAGCAAGCCAAACUUGUGUAUGACGAGGAUACCAAGGAAUGGGUCAACAAGUGGGGUUACAAGGGCGCAAACAAAAAGGUCGAUAACCAAUGGCUUGUCGAGGCCGAAGGCGGAGACGCUCCCGGUGCAGAAAACAGCGAGGCUGCUCUUCUAGAUCCAAGAAAGCUCCAGAGAGACGAAAGAAAGAAGCUUCUUCAGAAAAACCUUCUCCAGCAGAAGAGAAACAGAGAACAAAAAUCAUCAUAAUGUGUAUCAUACAGUUAUAAAGGUAAAAUAGACUUUUUUACGUAAGCGUUUCAAAUUUUUGUACGGCGAUUUCAGUUGCAUUUUGUAGAAAGAGAGGC